GAAGGAAAACACGGAGAGGGAGCCGGGCCGGGAUAGGAAGAGGCGGGGGACCGCGGCGGAGGUGGUGAGUGCUCCGGGCGCCUUCUCCCGGCGUCUCUCCGAGACCUGCCUCCGGACUGGGUCUCCGGUAGAUUCCCCUGGUCUGCAGAGCCCCGGAUCGGGCCUGGCCCCGGAGGUGCGGAGUAAGAAAAGCGACGUCGAAGACCAUGGGAGAUGCGGCCAAACCGUAUUUUGUGAGGCGCACUAAAGACCGCGGGGCUGUCGACGAUGAGGAUUUCAGAAGGGGCCACCCCCCGCAGGAUUAUUUGAUAAUGGAUGAUUAUGCUAAAGGCCAUAGCAAUAAAAUGGAAAAAGGCCUUCCCAAAAAAAAGAUCGCACCGGGGAACUAUGGGAAUACCCCCAGAAAAGGACCAUACGCGGUUUCCAGCAAUCCGUACGCAUUUAAAAACCCAAUUUACAGCCAGCCUGCUUGGAUAAAUGACGGCCACAAAGAUCAGGGUAAGAGAUGGCUAUCUGAUGAACUUACCAGCAACUCCGACGGUUGGAGAGAAUUCAAAGCUGGACCAAGAAUUCCUAUCAUAAGCCGACCGAGAAAAGACUCCUUUCAAGAAAGUGAAGAGGGUUACCGGUGGCAAGACGGAAGAGGCUGCAGGACUGUAAGACGAUUGUUCCAUAAAGACCUGAGCAGCCUGGACACCACGUCGGAAGUGGAGGCCGGAAGUCCCGAAAACAAGAAGCCGCGAUCCAGACCUAGGAGAGCACGGAAAACGAGAAAUGAGGAAAAUGAGCAAGACGGAGAGUUGGAAGGGCCUGUGAUCGAUGAGUCUGUGCUUUCAGCAAAGGAGCUGCUGGGCUUACAGCAGGCCGAGGAGCGGCUGAGAAGAGACUGCAUUGACAGACUAAAAAGGCGACCACGAAACUACCCUACAGCAAAGUACACCUGUAAACUCUGUGAUGUUUUAAUUGAAUCCAUUGCGUUUGCCCAUAAGCAUAUCAAAGAGAAGAGGCACAAGAAAAACAUUAAGGAGAAGCAGGAGGAAGAGUUGCUCACUACGUUACCCCCGCCAACACCCUCCCAGAUAAAUGCAAUUGGCAUUGCCAUUGACAAAGUGGUACAGGAGUCUGGCUUACACAAUGAGAACCUGGAACAGAGGCUAGAAAUUAAACGUAUCAUGGAAAAUGUGUUCCAACACAAGUUACCAGAUUGUUCUCUGAGAUUAUAUGGCUCUUCCUGUAGCAGAAUGGGUUUCAGAAAUUCAGAUGUAAACAUUGACAUUCAAUUUCCAGCUAUUAUGUCUCAGCCAGAUGUCCUCUUACUUGUUCAAGAGUGUUUAAAGAACAGUGACUCUUUUAUUGAUGUUGAUGCAGAUUUCCACGCAAGGGUGCCGGUGGUAGUGUGCAGAGAAAAGCAAAGUGGUCUGCUGUGUAAAGUGAGUGCAGGAAAUGAAAACGCUUGUCUGACGACAAAACACUUAACUGUCCUUGGAAAAGCAGAGCCCAAACUCGUUCCUUUGGUGAUUGCAUUUAGGUACUGGGCAAAGCUUUGCAGUAUAGAUCGCCCUGAAGAAGGAGGCCUGCCACCCUAUGUGUUUGCCCUCAUGGCCAUUUUUUUUCUUCAACAAAGGAAAGAACCCCUUCUCCCUGUUUAUCUAGGAUCAUGGAUUGAAGGAUUCUCAUUAAACAAAUUAGGAAACUUCAACCUUAAAGACAUUGAGAAAGACACUGUGAUCUGGGAAUACACGGAUAACGCCUCAGGGGAUGCAAACACAACAAAAGAAGACGCAGCCAAAGAGAUGCCAGUCAGGAGGGGACAGGUGUCAUUAACAUUUGAUGUAAAACACCAGCCUUCAGUACCAGUUGGGCAGCUCUGGGUGGAAUUGCUGCGAUUCUAUGCUUUAGAAUUUAAUUUGGCCGAUUUAGUGAUUAGUAUUCGUGUCAAAGAAUCUAUAUCUCGGGAAUCAAAGGAUUGGCCCAAAAAGCGCAUUGCCAUUGAAGAUCCUUAUUCUGUUAAAAGAAAUGUGGCAAGAACUUUAAAUAAUCAGCCCGUGUUUGAAUAUAUACUUCAUUGUUUAAGGACAACGUAUAAAUAUUUUGCUCUUCCACACAAAAUUAAGUCCAACCUUCCUAAGCCUCUGAGCCCAGUUCCAUGUAUUUCAGAACAUUCUAAAGAAGUGGUCAAUCAUGAUUCAGAUGUACAAACUAAAGAUGAUAAAUUAAAAAACUCAGUUUUGGCUCAAGGUCCUAGUGCUACUACCAGUUCAGCUACAAAUACUUGCACGGCUCAGAUGAUUUCUUGCACUCAUAAAGAGACUGGUGAAGGCUUUGGAAGUCCACCAGCUGAGGAGAUGGGAAAUGUACAUAUCAGAGUCCACCCGGAAAACUCAAACUGUGUCCAAGCAGAGCUCAAUGGUGAUGACUUUGAGGAUCUUAACAUGUACCAUCAAGAAACAGAAAGUAAAAACAAGGAAGAGAAAAUGGGAAGGGAGAGCCAGCAUGCUUUGAGCACCCACGCCCAGGCCUUCAGCGAUAGCAAGCACAGAGAGCUCGUCAGCUAUGGCAGAACAUGCAGUGAGACAGACGUUUCUUUGGAUUUUGAAGGCCUUCAGGCCGCUAAAGAGGAUGACGGAUUCACUACUUUAUAUGGCAAGGCUAAUGCUGAUGAAGAAAGCGUAGAAGGUACUGAUGAACUAGAAGACUCCCUAAACCACUUUGCCCCUUCAGUCCAGGGCCAGACAUUGGAAAUCACCUGUUCUGAGGAGGAGGAUGAGGAGGAGGAGGAAGAAGAGGAGGAAGAGGAAGACGAAGAACAAGAACCCAGGCUCUCCAUUACCCGAAGGAAAGACAAGGAUGACAUUACUAAUGAAGAUGAGCUAGAUAACACCUACACUGGAUCCGGGGACGAGGAUGCCCUGUCUGAAGAAGAUUAUGAAUUAGGUGAACCUGCUAAGUAUGAGGACCUGAAAGAAUGUGGAAAACAUGUAGAUGGAGCUCUACUCAUGGAACUUAAUAAAAUUUCUCUUAAAGAAGAAGUUGUAUGUGAGGAAAAUUCACCUGUGGAUCAGUUUAAUUUCUUUUAUGAAUUUAGCAAACUUAUCUUCACCAAAGGCAAGUCCCCCACAGCAGUGUGUGGCUUAUGCAGACGGGAGGGCCAUCUCAAGAAAGCCUGUCCUGAAGACUUCAAGAGAAUCCCGCUGGAACCUCUGCCGCCGCUGACACCCAAGUUCUCAGAUAUCUUGGAUCAAGUUUGCAUCCAGUGCUACAAGGAUUUUUCUCCAACUAUUUUAGAAGAUCAAGCUCGUGAGCAUAUUCGGCAAAAUCUAGAGAGUUUCAUAAGACAGGACUUUCCAGGAACUAAAUUGAGCUUGUUUGGCUCCUCCAAAAAUGGAUUUGGAUUCAAACAGAGUGACCUUGACGUCUGUAUGACAAUUAACGGACACGAAACUGCUGAGGGGUUGGACUGUGUGAGAACUAUUGAAGAAUUGGCAAGAGUCCUCAGGAAACAUGCAGGUCUGAGAAACAUCUUGCCUAUUACAACGGCAAAGGUGCCAAUCGUGAAGUUCUUCCAUUUGAGAAGUGGCCUAGAAGUGGAUAUCAGUUUGUAUAACACAUUGGCCCUUCAUAACACAAGGCUUUUGUCUGCUUAUUCAGCCAUUGACCCCAGAGUGAAAUACUUGUGCUACACCAUGAAAGUAUUUACAAAGAUGUGUGACAUUGGUGACGCGUCCAGAGGCAGCUUAUCGUCAUAUGCAUACACUCUCAUGGUGCUAUAUUUUCUCCAGCAGAGGAAUCCACCAGUCAUCCCUGUCCUCCAAGAGAUAUACAAAGGUGAAAAGAAACCUGAAAUAUUUGUUGAUGGAUGGAAUAUAUAUUUUUUUGAUCAGAUUGAUGAACUGCCUGCCUAUUGGCCAGAAUAUGGAAAAAAUACAGAAUCUGUUGGGCAAUUAUGGUUGGGACUUCUUCGUUUCUACACAGAAGAAUUUGAUUUUAAAGAGCAUGUUAUUAGCAUCAGGAGAAAAAGUCUACUUACAACUUUUAAGAAGCAGUGGACCUCGAAAUACAUUGUUAUUGAAGAUCCAUUUGAUUUGAAUCAUAAUCUUGGAGCUGGCUUAUCAAGAAAAAUGACAAAUUUUAUAAUGAAAGCAUUUAUCAAUGGGAGAAGAGUGUUCGGCAGUCCAGUCAAAGGAUUUCCGAAGGACUACCCCUCAAAAAUGGAGUAUUUUUUUGAUCCAGAUGUACUAACUGAAGGUGAACUGGCCCCAAACGAUAGAUGUUGCCGGAUUUGUGGGAAAAUUGGGCACUUCAUGAAAGACUGUCCUAUGAGGAGAAAAGUGAGGCGACGGCGAGAUCAGGAAGAUACCCCGAACCAAAGAUACCCCGAAAACAAAGAAAAAAGAAGCAAAGAGGACAAAGAAAUUCAGAACAAAUACACAGAGCGAGAGGUGUCAGCAAAAGAAGAUAAGAGCAUGCCAUGUACGCCUCAGAAAGCCAAGCCACUGAGGACGUCUGCCGAGCUGGCGCGGGAGAAGCUUCUCAGGCCGCCGCUGGAGAAGUGGAAGAGGCAGGAUGACAGAGACCUCAGAGAGAAGCGCUGUUUCAUUUGUGGAAGAGAAGGGCACAUCAAAAAGGAGUGCCCACAGUUCAAAGGCUCUCCAGGUCUGUCUAAGUCAGAUUGUGUGUUUGGAGCCCCCUUUUCACCUAGCCCUUCGAGGUCACCUGGUACCUUUGUUCAGGCAGUGCUUUUACAUGAAGACAAAAAGAAACAAAAAACAGCAGUAGUUUUGAGUCCCCAGUCAGGCAGCCUUUCCAGUAAGUACAUGACUCAGGGAAAAGCCUCCGCGAAGAGGACCCCGCAGGAAUCAUGACGCGGCGUUCUGAACGGCCACUCGGGCGCUCCCACUCACCGGAAAAUUAGGUUCAUUGCACGGGACACGGCAGCGUAGGUCAGGCUGCAGCCUCGCCUUCCAGGAACAUGUCGGAUUUCUUUUUUAAUUUAAUGAAAUUGUUAAUGAGGGAAAAAAAUUUAAUGUAGUCUUAUCUGCCACCAAUCCCCAUAGAUUUAAGGAUUUUAAUAGAAAGCCAUGACGUAUGUAUUUAAGCCAGGUUAAAAGAGAAAACUGUGACUGUGAGCUGGUAUUCAGUGGAUACAGUUUCAUGGUUUUUAAUUCUUCCAAAGGGCACUAAAAGUGGUGUGCUGAGAAAUCACCCCAAGUAAAUUAACCCUCCCCCACGAAUCCCUUUUCUAAGAGGGGAGACUCUAUUUAUUGCUGUUUAUGGAAUCCUUGUGUGAACUGCUACUGCUGUGCUUAGGGUGUCCAGACGUGAUGUUACUGCGCUUGGUACAAGUGCUACCAUGGACGUAAGCAGCUGUCUGAGCUGCACUGGGCCAGCAGGGCCGCGGAGAGACCUCUGCCUUUUCCCUCUCUGCUUUUAAGUAACUUGACAAAGAACGACUGUGUUCGUGAAAAUGAAGUCCCGAAAGACAAGCAGUCCUGUCUGCCACCAAAAGGUUUUCAAAGGAAAAAUGACAAAAUAAAAUGGCUUUUUACUUUUUCUGACACUCAGACAAUAUUGUGGAGAGCUUUUAAGAACCCCUGAAGAUCAAAGAGGCCACCUCUGCCAGUCUCAAGUUCGGCUGGUGUCAUUCUGGGUCUGACUGGAGUCCUCCUGGAACUGUCCAACUUCCCAAGCCUUUCAAAAGUAGCCCAUGGCCAGAACUAUGCCUCCGGUUAUUUAUCAUUUUGAAAUAAAAUCGCAAUUUCAACCUGU